AUGUACAGGAACACGGCCCAGAAUUUUGGCCAUGUCAAAUGCAUUCCACCCAACGCUCUCCCAUCGCCUGACAAUACCAGCGAUUCUGACCUGGAAAUCCUCGACGCGCUCGACGAGAAGAGGAGGCAGCUCGACGGGGAAAUUGCCAGGUUCAAGGCCGCAAAGGAGCGCGAGUUUCGAGAAUUUGAAAGAGAACUCCGCGUGAAGAGGAAAGGGACCCGCAUCGGCGGCCAUCCCCUGUCAGAGCCGCCGGCGACCAAACAAUUCACCUCGGCUCCCUCGGCGACGACCUCUGUUCUGAAUUUAUUGGCCUCUGCGCAAAAUGGUGCUGCCAACGGAAGGGCAGGGCCCAAGGCGAGAAGGGAUGGAUAUAUGGUCGACAAGGUCAAGAAACCAGCGCCACUAAGCGGGCCUACUCUGUCAUUAGAGAAGUUGAACAUCACGGGCGAGACGACGCCGCCGUUGCAUUCCCUAGGAACCCCUCCCACACCAAAUCUCUUGAUGCGAUCGAGGUCUCGCUCUCCCACCGACCCAAAUGCACGGCCCACAACGCCACCAUUCUCAGAAGGCGAAAAGGAAUCGACGCCCACGUCGACGCCCACACCCUCGAAGGAUCGGUCCGAUCCCUUUGCAGGAGUUUUCACUCCGGCAUAUCUGCCCCUGCUCGAGUCACGCGACCGUACCGCCUUGGUGCGCAGUCCUCAAAUUCCGAACUCUGCGGAAGAGGAGACCAAACGACUCCAGCUCGAUGCGAGCAGUAAACUGCACGCCGAGAGACAGAAGCUCGAGUCCUCUCAGUCACUGCCUCCACAACAAGUUUCCCCUACGAUUGUCACAAGCAAGCGGACGAAGUCGACGCCAGUACUACCCAGUGCAAGCCUUCCCAGUGCUUUGCGGACUACGAGUGGAGGGGGCCGCCGAAGGAAGCACGUCAUGUUUCAGCUUGCAGAUCUUAAGGUCGUAGACCCAAGUAGUAGUUACGAGGAAGGACCGAGUCCGGAGAUGGAGGAGAAGAACGACGUGAUGGAAUAUCGGGAUCCAGGCAUGCAGAGUGAUCACGGCAGCGACGCGGGCAAGCAAAAUAACGGGAGCCCCAGACUACUAGGCGAAAAGGAGAAAACGCGAGGACGGGGCAGAAACGGCCGCUUCGUCUCGCCUAUCCCUUCACCAUUGGCAAGUCCCAGUCCGAGCCCGUCGCCUUCGCCCGCCCUGCAGGGCUCAUCGCCACGCCUGUCUCCAGCCGGGUCACCGAGCCCCACCCCGUCCUCUACGGACGAGACAGGCUUCUCCGGCGGUCUUGCCGGCGCAGAUGAUGGGGGCAGUGGAGUCGGCUUCUUCGAACUCGACGAAGAGCUCGCGAGUCCGGGGCUCCGAGACGGCAACCCCGUCGAGACAUUCGAUCUCGACAUGGAGGACGAGGUCCUCGUCAACGAGAAGGCCAGUGUCGCGCAGCAGGGCCUUGGAAUCAUUCCCGCCGUGCAGGUGGGCAGCGUGCCCAUCGACAUCGUGCGGCCAAGCAGCAGCUUUGUAGGCAGUUACGGGCAUUGA